AUGAGCCUCCUCAACAAGCCCAAGAGUGAGAUGACCCCGGAGGAGCUGCAGAAGCGAGAGGAGGAGGAGUUUAACACAGGCCCGCUCUCCAUGCUCACACAGCACUGCAACAUGGUGCUGGAGAAUGUGAAGGAGAUGUGGACCGAGGUCCCCAAGAGUGGCAAGGGCAAGAAGAAGUCCAAACCCGUCAACAAGGACUGCUACAUCUCUAAGAUGUUCCUGUGUGGGGACUCGAUCAUCGUGGUCCUCAGGAACCCCCUCAUCGCCAGCAAGUAG